AUGGUUUCAUUCAAAAGUGUAUUAGCAACUGUUGCUUUAGCUUUGUUUGCUCAAGGUACUAUCAUUCCAGAAGAAAAAAGAGAUGAUUCACCAGGUUUUGUUACCUUAGAUUUCGAUGUUAUCACCAAACCAAUUGAUGUUAAUGCAACUGCGAAAUUUAUUUCUGAAUUAUUGAAAUUAGAAAAGAGAUCACCAAUUCCAUUAAGUUUAAUCAAUGAAGGAAGUUCAUAUGCUUCUAAAAUUACUGUUGGAUCAAACAAACAACCUCAAACUGUUAUUAUUGAUACAGGAUCAUCAGAUUUAUGGGUAGUUGAUUCAAAUGCUCAAUGUGCUCCAAGAGUUUCUUGUAAAUCAAGUGGAACUUUCAGUCCAUCAUCUUCAUCUACUUGGCAAAGUUUAGGUGCUCAAUUUGCUAUUGGUUAUGGUGAUGGUUCAUCUUCAACUGGUACUUGGGGUAAAGAUACAGUUUCUUUUGGUGGGGUUACUAUUACUGGUCAACAACUUGGUGAUGUUACUCAAACUUCAGUCAAUCAAGGUAUUUUAGGUAUUGGUUAUACUGGUAAUGAAGCUGUUACUGAUGCUAAUGGUAAUCGUGAUAUCAGCAACUAUGAUAAUGUUCCAGUUACAUUGAAAAAACAAGGUAAAAUCAAUUCAUUGUCUUAUUCAUUAUAUUUGAAUUCACCAUCUGCUUCAUCUGGUCAAAUUAUCUUUGGAGGUGUUGAUAAUGCUAAAUAUUCUGGAUCAUUAAUUACAGAACCUGUCACUCAACCUGGGGUUGCCUUAUUCAUUAAUUUAAAUACAAUUAAUUAUAAUGGUCAAAAUUAUCAAGUUUCUGAAGACGCUCUUCUUGAUAGUGGAACAACCUUGACCUAUUUAGAUCCACAAAUAGCCUCACAAAUUGCUCAAGACGUUGGAGGCAAUACAAUCAGCCUUCAAUACUUCUCUGAUGGGUCAUCAGCAUAUUUCAUAGAUUGCGGGGCAAGUACCCAAGGUUCAGUUACAUAUACAUUUGGAAAUGGAGCAAAAAUUGUUGUACCUUUGAGUGAAUUUACAUUCAAUGCAGGUAACGGUCAAUGUUUAUGGGGUAUACAGCCUAGCAAUACCAAUAUCUUAGGUGAUAAUUUCCUCAGGUCAGCCUACGUGGUUUACGAAUUAGCAUUAGAUCAAGUCAAGUUAGCACAAGUGAAAUACACUACAGCUUCCAGUAUUUCUGCUAUUUAG